AUGGUCCCUCAACAACAACGCAGAAGACGACGUCGAGCGGCUUUAGCGCGUAAUGCUGAACGCCGAGUUGUGGUAGUACGCGGCGCUGGAGGUUUUGGUUUUACAAUUGCGGGACAAAGACCUUGCAUAGUAUCUGCUGUAGCAGCCGGUGGACCCGCCGAAAGGGCAGGUCUUCGAGCCGGUGAUGCUUUACUUGCAGUUGAUGGAACGAGCGUAGCUCGAGCUCCUCAUGCAUCUGUGGCUAGAAUGGUCGCUGCGGCGCCUGGUCCUAUAUCAUUAAGUGUGGCUUUAAGAGAAUCUCCACCAACUGAUACGGAGGAUACAGAGCCCGAAGAAAGGGCAAGAACUAGGAGGAGAUAUCCUCCGCCACGUAGAAGGCCUCAGCAAGCGAUGGUGCAUCAUCCAGGUUGCCACGCAGCUCCAAGUGCAUUUGGUGUUAGUGAAAUUCUUCAAAACCUGAGCAGGGCUCAGUUAACGCCAAGCCACGCAGCACGGUUAGAAUGCCGUGCUGUUGUAGGCUAUUUGGGCACAAUAGAAACGCCACAAGCUAAUGCUGCCGCCGCACCAAAUAACGUGCGGAACGCAGUCAAGAAACUAAGACAGGAAAGGCGCACAUCCACGCCAGUACUGUUGUCUGUACUCCCAAAUGCGCUGCUUCUUCGGCGUCCCACGGGACAGGUUCUUGCACAGUAUCCUCGGGAGCGUAUCGUCUACGCAGGCUGUGGUUCUGAAGCUGAUAGACGAUUCUUUGGCCUUGUGACGGCUGCUGAAUCCUCCGGUGUCGAAGCCGAAGCAUCCCAUAGUUGCCAUGUCUUCGCCGUCGAUUCACGAAUGGCAGAACACGAAGCUCAUGUUACGAGAGCGAGAGACUUCCAAAUUGCUUGCACAAGAGACCCAGUUGCAGAAAGAUGCUUGGAGUUUCCACCAUCAGCUGAGUAUGUGGUUGGUGUUAUAAGAGGGAUGUAUUCUUUACCGCCCGAUGAUUGUGUAAGUCCAAAUUUACAACCGAUAUCAAAGUUGGCAGUGAAGGGAGACAGUCCAGCUUUGGGAAACUUUUCGAGGUGUAGUAGACCAGUUUUCAGAGCACAGCGCGAUAGAAGACCCUGUAGAAAUGAAGAUGCGAGAAUCGAUGUACCAGAGUUCAUUGCGAACUCACCCCAGCCCAGCAACCAUAGUGAAAUUACCACUACUUCUAGCAACAGCGACUCUGGCAUUGGUUUCCAUAAUGAUUGCCGCAACAUUGCUGAUAGAAUACUCGUUGUAGAGUUUGCGGGUCAACAGCCACCGCCGACGAGGUUCAGGCAAGAGAUCCCACGCCGGCCCAUGGGCUUAGUUGGGUGUAGCAGCUUUGAAACCGACGGCUCUUUUCUAUCAAACACCACACCCGUGGUCGAUGGCUUCGCUGGUCAAGGGCGUCCGUUAAACAUGGAUGACGUCAUACUGAACGCCAACGAAUUGCCACGACACGUGAGCCAGCGUAACGACGAAGACAACUAUAACUAUAACAAUUUGUAUGGGAACCUUCCAUCUGGGUCUCGAAGUUUCCAUGGCGUGGUAUAUGAUCAAGUAUACACUGAGAAUGAAGGGCAUUAUGAGCUUGUACCACACACAGAGAUGGAUGACAUUGAUCGUGUGUCAGAGGCGUUUAAUUCUGUGGAAAUCUAUGAAGAACAGUCGAGGCAUCCACCUGAUUACCAAUCAAAUGAGUCAGUGGAGAAUGUGACUGUUAUAUCUGGAAACAGUAAGGCCAGUGCUGAUUCGGUCUCGGUGUAUUCUUCUCGUAGUCACGAAGAGGCGCGUCCACAGCGUCUGAAACAUCUCCAGGCUUCUCUGGACGACAUGCUGGUGUUGAGAAUGCAUGACCAGCCUCAGCAGGAUAAAGAUGAUGGGAAGUUUGUUCAUCCAGCGAGUGUUAAAUGCAAGUUGCGAAAAUCGAUGAAGCCGCUGAACAUCCUGUCGAAGACGCGAAGUAUGCUGUCGGGUAGAGAGCGAACCCGUGCUGAUGGAGGCGACGCGGACGUGCGACGGUCGCUAAGUGCGAGCGCUGGCGACGUGUCGUGCGACAAGUCGCGCGCCACGUCUCGCGACCUGUCGCAUGACCCGCUGCCCGCCGCUGCCAGCGAGCCUGACCUGCGUGACCAGUAUGCGGGUGAAGUGUCGUGCGACCAGUCGUGUAGUAUAUCAUAUAAGUAUGCGGGUGACGUGUCAUGCGCCCAGUCGCGAACCGAGUCUCUUGACCUAUCGCACGAUUCGCUGUACGCUGCUCCCAGCGAGCCCGACUGCGUGAUCAGGUCAGCGAGCUAA